GCACCUUCCUUCUGCUAUAAGGGCUUUCACUUUGCUGCGAGACUUAGUCAUCACACAAGAUGGUAUCCGCUGGCUGUUUCAGCUGCCCUGCGCAGUCCACUGUUCAGGUCAUCGAAAGAUUUGGAAAGUUCAACCGCGUCGCCAAGAGUGGAUGCAAUUUUGUGAACUGCUUCCUUGGCGAAUGUGUUGCUGGAUCCCUGAGCUUGCGUGUCAAGCAGCUUGAUGUUCGGUGUGACACGAAGACCAAGGACAAUGUCUUUGUCAGAAUUGUUGUCUCUGUUCAGUACCAGGUCAAGGAGGAUGCCCUCUAUGACGCCUUCUACCGCUUGACAAACACCAACGGCCAGAUCACCAGCUACGUGUUUGAUGUGGUGCGCGCCAUUGUGCCCAACAUCCUGCUGGACGAUGUGUUCACGGCCAAGACUGAGAUUGCCAAGGAAGUAAAGGACACCCUGACCAAGUCCAUGGCCAGCUUUGGCUUCAUGAUCAUCGAGACCCUGGUGACAGACAUUGAGCCGGACCCGAAGGUGCGCGCGGCAAUGAACGAGAUCAACGCUGCGCAGCGCAUGCGCGAGGCGUCCAUCCAGAAGGCCGAGGCCGACAAGGUCAUGGUCGUCAAGCGCGCCGAGGCCAGCGCUGAGGCAAAGUUCCUGGAGGGUCAAGGUAUCGCUCGCCAGCGGCAGGCCAUCAUUGCCGGCCUCAAGGACAGUGUCCUCAACUUUGAGAGCGGAGUCACCGAUGUCAACAGCCGUGAUGUCAUUGAGAUGAUGAUGAUGACGCAGUACUUUGACAUGCUCAAGGAGGUGGGCUCCACCCAGGGCAACUCCACCGUCUUCCUCAAUCACUCCCCCAGCUCCAUCGGCGAGAUGUCCGGCGAGCUGCGCAACGGCUUCAUGCAGGCCAUGGCUGGGCGCACGCAGUCGAUGAAGCGCGAGUAAGCUUGGAGCGCUGCACGCACCGAUAUUGUUGAUAAGCUGGAGCGCUGGGAGAUAGCAGCCACAAUGCAUGCAAGAUUGGAAUUAAGGGACUAGUACAGAUGGCCCGUGCGAGCCACUUUGGGAAUGGGGAGAUUAUGUCUGCCACAUUUGGUGUUGAGUCUGGUGUUCAGGCAUGUGUUUGUUGAUGAUAAGAUGUUGGUUUUAAAAACAUGCAAUUUUGGGAGCAGCUUGUGACUAUUGCUCGUUCUCGUUGGCGCCAGUAUCAGUCAAGACAGUUCUGUGAGUGGAUAUCCAUACAAUGCACAUAUUGUGUACAGAUGAUCCCUCUGGAAUCCUGCUGUUACACUUCUGUGUGUGCUUCUUUACCAGCGUGUUGUAUGUAAAGCUGAUUAUUUUUAAACACUAGAAGGUUUC